GAAUUUCAUGGCUGGCUUUUCUUGUUUUCAGGUUUCUCUCACUCUGCAUUCACAUUUGGAAUUGAAAGUCAUAUCAGCCAGUCUAACAUCAAUGGGACACUAGUGCCACCUGCCGCCCUUAUCUCCAUCCUGCAGAAAGGUUUACAGUAUGUGGAAGCUGAAAUCAGCAUAAAUGAAGAUGGCACAGUGUUUGAUGGUCGGCCUAUAGAAUCCUUAUCUUUAAUUGAUGCAGUAAUGCCAGAUGUUGUACAGACUAGACAACAAGCCUUUAGAGAGAAGUUGGCUCAGCAACAAGCUGCUGCAGCAGUAUCUGCACCAAGUGCAGCGACAGUCACCACUGCCCCAGCAGCACCUGCAACCCAGCAGGUGACCACACCAAAGAAUGGAGCAGCCACUGUGAAUGGUGAAGAGAAUGGAGCACAUGCAAUAAAUAACCAUGCAGAACCAAUGGAAAUUGAUGGUGAUGUGGAAAUUCCACCUAACAAAGCAACGGUGCUACGUGGACAUGAAUCUGAAGUUUUCAUCUGUGCCUGGAAUCCAGUCAGUGAUCUCCUAGCAUCUGGGUCAGGAGACUCAACGGCAAGAAUAUGGAACUUGAAUGAGAAUAACAGUAGUAAUUCCACUCAGUUAGUUUUAAGACACUGUAUACGAGAAGGUGGGCAAGAUGUUCCAAGCAACAAAGAUGUGACCUCAUUGGACUGGAAUGCUGAAGGCACACUUUUGGCUACAGGAUCAUACGAUGGUUUUGCAAGAAUUUGGACGCAGGAUGGCAACCUUGCUAGCACAUUAGGUCAGCACAAAGGUCCAAUUUUUGCACUGAAGUGGAACAAGAAAGGCAACUAUAUACUGAGUGCGGGAGUUGAUAAGACCACAAUCAUUUGGGAUGCUCAUACAGGAGAAGCAAAACAACAGUUCCCUUUCCACUCAGCUCCUGCUCUAGAUGUGGAUUGGCAGAACAAUACCACCUUUGCAUCUUGUAGCACAGACAUGUGUAUUCAUGUUUGUAGGCUUGGCUGUGACCGUCCAGUUAAAACCUUUCAAGGACACACGAAUGAAGUGAAUGCAAUUAAAUGGGACCCAUCAGGAAUGUUACUAGCAUCAUGUUCAGAUGAUAUGACCUUAAAGAUCUGGAGUAUGAAACAAGACAUAUGUGUACAUGACCUGCAGGCCCACAACAAAGAAAUCUACACAAUUAAAUGGAGUCCAACAGGCCCUAGCACCAGCAACCCAAACGCAAACAUCAUGCUUGCAAGUGCAUCUUUUGAUUCAACAGUCCGACUUUGGGAUGUUGAGCGUGGUGUCUGUAUCCAUACAUUAACCAAACAUCAAGAACCAGUAUAUAGUGUAGCCUUUAGUCCCGAUGGAAAGUAUCUGGCUAGCGGGUCCUUUGACAAAUGUGUCCAUAUAUGGAACACUCAGAAUGGCUCUCUAGUACACAGCUACAGGGGAACAGGAGGAAUAUUUGAAGUGUGUUGGAAUGCCAGAGGUGACAAAGUAGGAGCAAGUGCCUCUGAUGGAUCAGUGAGUAUCACUAUAGAUCUG